GCAUGUUAAGGGCUGGAGCUAUGAAGGAGUGGGCGGAUGGGGGGCGCAGUCAUCUUCAAGAAAUCCCUCGUAGGGCGCAUGCGCGUAGAUUUGAAGAGAACUCGCCAUAUUGAAUUCUCGUAGGAAACCAGCUAGUAGUUUUCCCCCAGCUAGCGGUGCAAAGGGCCACUUUAUCAAUGGUCCUUAAUUUGGUUUAGGAUUUAAAUACUUCUUAUUUCAUAACGCUUUUGGUUACAUUUAAAGGUUGCGGGAAGCGGAGCAGACUCACGACGGCCUCGUUAGCUUAAUAUAUACGAAUAGUGCAGGGUACCAGAGGGAGAAGUUGAAUGGAUCCGAGGGUAGCUUGGAUUCAGCCCGAGCAGAAAGGACCUGCGAACGCCUUGUGGAUGCACGUCUGGGAGACCUCUCAGGGAGUACGGACGCUCGCCCAGCAGCAGCAGCUCCACAAUCAAAACCACAACCAGUGUGUCAACUACGCUGCGUUGGAUGUUUUAAAAAAUGUGGCGACCGCGGUGGCUUCGGGCAAGAGCAAUUGCAGCAGCAACGGUAACGUUACGGGCAGCGGCGGCAGCAGCAGCCAUCGCGGUGUAAUAAACGGCACUAGUACUAUUAACGGCACUACGGCUUCAAUGCUCGGGGUAGCACUGUCUAACGGAAACGCGCGUAGUAACUCGUAUACCGCGUCAAACGCCGUACAACCAGGUGAGGGCAAAAUUCUGCCCCAGAAGACGGGAUUUAUCUCCACUUCGUCCUCUUCGCAGGAAUCCGGAACGGACAGUCCCCCUUCUGACUGCUCACUUGAAAGGACUAUGGUGGGAAAUGUAACGAGCAACGCAAAUAAAAACGUCGGCGUUCCCAACCUGCUCUUCAGCUUGAACGACAGCACAGACAGUAAUGUCAACCUUUACAACCAUCACCUUCAUCACCGUCAUCUACAGGAGCAUCCGGCUUUUACUCUACAGCAGAUGUGCGCGAAGCGUCACCAUGUUCACCCCUCUGUACCGAUAAACCACGCUCACACUCACCACCCGGGUCGGCGGAAAAGUGACAACAAGGCGAGCACUUACGGGAUGAAUUACUUGCUCUCAAACUGCACAAACGGCAACUAUGCGAGCACUUGGACGCCGUGGAAGACGAGGACGUACAAUGUCGGAGUCCACGGGCUCCACGAGGAGGUGAUGGACUUCUACAACUUCAUGUCUCCUCGGCCAGAAGAAGCAGCGAUGAGGAAGGAAGUGGUGAACAGGAUAGAGAUGAUCAUAAAGGAGCUGUGGCCUAAAGCAGACGUCCAAAUAUUUGGCAGCUUUAGCACAGGACUCUACCUUCCAACGAGCGACAUUGACCUUGUGGUGUUUGGGAAGUGGGAGCGUCCCCCGCUGCAGGAGCUAGAACAGGCUCUACGCAAACACAAUGUGGCAGAGCCGUGCUCCAUCAAAGUGCUGGACAAAGCUACAGUGCCAAUCAUCAAGCUGACAGACCAGGAAACCGAGGUGAAGGUGGACAUCAGCUUCAACGUCGAGACUGGAGUCAAGGCAGCGAGUUUUAUUAAAGACUACGUAAAGAAGUAUCCCAUGCUGCCUUAUCUGAUAUUCGUCCUGAAGCAGUUUCUGCUGCAGAGAGAUCUAAAUGAAGUCUUCACCGGGGGCAUCAGCUCUUACAGCCUCAUUCUCAUGGUCAUCAGCUUCCUGCAGCUCCAUCCUCGCAUCGAUGCCAGGAAUCCUACUGAGAACUUGGGCGUGCUGCUGAUCGAGUUCUUUGAGUUGUACGGCCGCCAUUUUAACUACUUGAAAACAGGCAUUCGCAUUAAAAAUGGAGGCGCAUACAUUCCUAAGGAAGAGAUCAUGAAGUCCAUGACAAAUGGAUACAGACCAUCCAUGCUCUGCAUAGAAGACCCUCUUCUCCCAGGAAACGACGUUGGCAGAGGCUCAUACGGCGCCAUGCACGUCAAGCAGGUGUUCGACUACGCCUACAUCGUCCUGAGUCACGCGGUCUCGCCGCUCGCUCGCUCGUAUCCCAACAAAGACUGUGAAAGCACCUUGGGCAGAAUUAUCAGGUUAACCCAGGAGGUGAUCGACUACAGAGAAUGGAUCAUUAAGAAGUGGGGCUGCAGGGACCUGGCACGAACAGACAACACGGCGUCACCGCCAAAGGGGCCAGUGUCAGAGCAGGAGACCAACUGCGUGCUGGGCAGCAGCAGCAGCAGCAUCGGGUCAGAGGAGCAGCACAGGGACUCCAUAUCGCCUCACAGUGCCGAUUCUCCCAUGUCCAUCUCCAGUCCGCAGCAGCACUCGUCAGCCUCCUCGGUGUCUUCCCUUUCUGGAUCAGACAAUGACUCUGAUUCAGCGUUACCGUGUCACGUUCCUCCGCCCGCCCUGCCACCGUACCCCUCUUUUCCACCGCUGGGCCUAACUCUGCCACCGGGCCUCAACAUGGGCACCUGUAAACCUGGCUUGACGGGACAUCAUCUGCUCAUGCCUCCGGGCACACAGGCUUGUGUCUCACUACCCUGUGGUCUUGCCAUGCACUCUAUACCUGGCAGACAGGUGUGUAUAGACACCAGGCCCCCCACCUUCUUCCACAUGCCCCCCACAGCUCAUGCUCAUGCCCCUGUCCCCUCCAGCCCCCAGCCUCUGCCCAGCCCCUACUCCAGCCACACACACAAGAAUGCAACCAAGUUCAAUGUGAAGGGCUUCCACAACCCACCACCAGUCAGCAACCCUGUUCUGGCGAACCGUGGACACAAUCACAUGCACACGCAGUACCACCGGAACACGUGGAGACGCAGGAAGAGGGACAGCUUACCUGUUAGUCUCAGCAGAUAAAAACCACUUCAGUCUGGGUUACGUCCCCGCCUCCCUGCCUCCUUCUCUCCCUCCCUCCCUCCUCUGUAGCUGUCAACCCUGGUCCCUCAUUGGUCCUGACCGUGGGACGGACAGAGAACCAGAGACCAGCAAGUCUGUCCAAGGGCGGCUGCCGCCACAAUAUGGAACUCCAGCCCUCAGCGGUGCAUCCUCCUCUUCCUUCAGCUACUUUUUCAUUUCUGCAUGACCCUUUGUUCACAAACGUCUCGGUUCAGUACUUUUGUACUUCCAGUAUUUCUUUUCUUUUUUUUUUUUUUUUUUUCAGUAUUCUGAUAUUACUCUCUUCGCUCUUUCGUUUUGGACUUGGUGGUUACCUCAUUGCCAACUCCACGUAAACGUUACCUUGACCCCUUACAGCCAAGCUGCCUGAGGUUCAGUGUUACAUUUUUUUUUUUUAACGGUUUAUACACUUAGGAACAAACAUUGUGUUUUUUUUUGUUGUUUUUUUUUUUGUGUGUGCAAUAACGGUAUUUUUGGGGAUGGGUGGGCGGGCGAGGGUGGGGGACUAAAACAAAUGCUUAUUUAAUUUUUUAUGGUGUGUGUGUGUGUGUGCGUGAGACUGUGGUAAUGCGCGUGCGACCGUGUAAUUUUUUAUACUGUUAUUUUAUUUUUGUAGAGUUUUAAAAAAUGUUUUGUUUACAAAACUUUGGCCAGGCAGCCUCUCCGGUGUGAGCGUCCGUGUUUGCGUGUGUGUUUAUGUUCUUUCUGAAGAGAACUAUAAACGGCGCGGCGAGCUUCUACCUUCGACGCUCCCGCCAGUUUUCCUCAGUAAAAAAAAAAAAGGACGAGGUUAACUCUUUGGUCCCUCCGUGGGGAGCGUGAAGGUAGGAAGUUUCCCUCCAUCGUGAUCGAUAGUGGAGGACGUUUGUCUCGGUGUUAGGACAUUAUCAGCUCCACACGUACGGUCUGCGCGUCUCUGGGGAGCCGCGUUUUAUGUACGUGCGUCCGGGUAGGCUAACGGUGGCCUUUUUGUUUUGUGUUUUUUAUUAUUGUCUCCGUUGGAGGUCAUUUCAAAGGAAAACAUUUUGAAGAAAAAUAAAGUUAAAAAAAAAAAAAAAAAAAUUCUAUACCUUAUGUUGAUAUGUAGAGAGGGGCUGCGGCUAAUGAAGCAUCAGCCUGUCUGACUCCAGUUUCGAUCGAAACUAAGGAAAAAGAGGGGAAACGCAACGGGUUCCGGGGUCAGACGACUCCGACUCGAAGACUGAUCAGGGUCGACUGUCGCCCAAAGGUGUCAAUCAGUGAAGAUCGACAGCACGCUGCUUAGCAAUAUGGUUUCUCCUUGUGUUGGACUUAAAAAAAAAAAAAAGGAGGAGGGAGGGAGAGGAAAAGUGGUGUCUUCCUGACCUCAGUUGAAUGGGCAGUGGUGGCUUAGUGGUUGAGGAAGCGGACUUGGGUCCGGAAGGGGUUCGAGUCCAACAGCUGCCAAGUUACCACUGAGGUGCUCUGAGCAUGUCACCGUCACCCUCACACUGCUUCCUGGGCAGCUGAAAGCUGCCCCACUGUUCACUAUGGUGAUGGGUUAAAAACAGAGGUCACAUAUCGUUGUCUGCAGUGGUUUGUUCACCUUCCUUUUCCUUCCUUCCUUUAAAUGGGGGAAAAAAAAAAAAGUUCAAUUCCAUUCAGGAAUCUUGUGUAUUUUUGAUUGCCAGGUACCUCCGCGAAAUAGUUUGCAAUGCCUUUCUUUGUGUUUACAUGGAAGCGUGUGUGUGCGUGUGUACGUUGUAUUCCGUGAGCACACCUCGUCACACACGCGCGCGCACGCACACACGGACGGAGCUGUCAGAAGGCCGUGACUCGCCUAGAACACUACACAUGCCGGUGUCGUUACUAUGCAAGUGAAUUACUCUAAUUAUCGUGUCAAGCCCUCCCGUCUUUGGGGUUAUUUUCGGAAUCAAACGCACUUGUCCUCGGCGUUGUCGCUGACUCUCGAACCCCCACUCGUUUAAAAAAAAAAAUGAAAAAAAAAAAAAAACACAGCCCCAUAUCAGACAACUCCUUGUAUUUGAAAGAUGUGUUGAAAAAAAUUUUUUUUUUUUUUUUUUAACAUUUGUCUCAAAUGUAAGAAACGGCUCCGUCGAUGUUGACGGACGGGUCGGCCUCAGUGUAACAGUGUGACGUAGUGAUCCGUAUGUAGGAGCGUUUGAAAAACGAAUGACACCACUGGGGUUUUUCCAGGUGGACAAAUGGGUUAUGGGGGAGAGCGACUUGCCCUCCACAGGCGUGAUUCAGACGGGACCAAAAGUGUCCAGGAGCAAUUCUUUGUUCUUUUUUUUUAAAUUCCAGACUCUGUUCAAUAACGCUACAUCCUGUUUAUCUUCCUUCCUUCCUUCCGUUUUUUUUUUUUUUUGCUACGGCAACUCUGAUCCAUCGAACAAAAACCUCACCAGGCGGUAGUUGAGUGUCAUAUGAUCAGACACUAGUUUGGACCAGUGACUUAAAAGACGCGAGCGGAAAUGAAAGGAUCGCCACCUCUGACUAGGGAGAAGUUUCACCCUAAUUUUUAAAUACAUCCCCCUAAAAAAAAAAAAAAGAGAGAGAUCAUGGACAGACUUCCAUAAAAGACCAGUCCAGUAAUGCAAUCAUACUCUUGUCUUCCCUAGAUGUUUUACGUCCAAUUGAUUAUUGACGUCUAUGUGGUAGCAUUUCAAGUGCUUAUCUCUAUUUUUAAGCUAAUAUAGUUAGUAGGCUGGAUGAUGCGGCCCAAACUUUUUUAACCAGUGUGUAAUCCCUCUGCAUUUUAAAGAUGAGAACCAGCAUUUAUGAGAAGCUGAUGAUAGCAUUGGUGACGGGACUGUUCUUGGGUUAGAGUUGCCUGGAGUUUCAUAGCAAGAGACAUGCAGUAUCUUUUAAAAAAAAAAAAAUCCAAAAAAAAAA